AUGAAUGCUGCACGAUACAAGCCAGUCGCAAAGAAGAUACAUCCGGUAAACCAGCCACUGCGACCUGAGGAUCAACUCGCUGAAACAGAGAGGCCCGACCAGCUGACUAGGCAGACGAAGCGCUUGACAGAGGAGCGUUUAGGUCAGUUGCAGAUUGGGGAUGGUUGGCUCACUCCCGUCGAGCAGGAUUACUUUCGAGAGCGACUACAGGAAGUGGACAAGGCAUUCGCUUUCAAUGACGAGGAAAUGGGACUACUGAAGGAGUCCAUUGAACCACCGAUUCGUAUCCCGACAGUGCCACAUGAACCAUGGGACCACAAGCCAUUCCCUAUGCCACGAGCCCUGUACGAUAGGAUCGUGGGGAUGCUCAAGGAAAAACGCACUACUGGGGUAUUGGAACCAUCUAUCGGACCAUAUGCAAACCGCUGGUUCGUAAUCGAGAAAAAGGACAAGACGAAGCUGCGUUUU